GCUGCCAGCCCUCAGGUUGAGGCCGAGGCGAGCGGGCGGGCGGGCGCCAUUUUGUGUGGUGCAGCAAAGCAGCCGCGAGGCCCGCCCUGUACAACAGUGACUGUGCCCCGUCCGUCUCUCUCCUCCUCCUCGCCGCAAGCACCACCACCACCAAGCGACGCUCGCUCCCUCCCGGUCGCCCUCCCUCUCUCCCCUUUCGCACCGUGCUCCGUUCUUCCCCACGCAGGCCCCGGCCCAGGCCCAGGCCCCGUCCAUGGCGGUGGAAAGCCCGAGCGUGCCCCCCCCGCCCAGCAGCAGCAGCCCGCACUCUAGCCCCCCGUCCCCUUCUCCGGCCACCGCCGCCCUUCACAGCCACCAACACCAGGGCAGCAGCCCGGGCCACGGCGGCGCCCGGCCGCUCCAACAACAACACCACCACCUCCUCCUCCACGGGCCCGGCCCGGACGAAAGGGAGGAUGGGGAGCUGGAAGAAGGGGAACUGGAAGAUGAUGGAGGUGAGGAGCCGAACGAGGCUUCAGAGUCACAUGAAAAGAAUCGGAAGGAAAAAACAGAGAAGCAUCACAGUGACUCAGAUGAAGAGAAGAGUCACCGGAGAAAAAGGAAACGACGGAAAGAGCGGGAGAAAGAGAAGCGAAGAUCAAAAAAGAAACGGAAAUCCAAGCACAAGCGCCAUGCUUCCUCCAGUGAUGACUUCUCAGACUAUAGUGAUGACUCUGACUUUAGCCCAAGUGAAAAAGUCCACAGGAAAUAUAGAGAAUACAGUCCUGUCUACCCCCCGCCCCACCAGCCAUACUCAUCGUCUCACGGUGGCCCCAAAAAGGGGUAUUCUAAAAUGGAGAGCAAGAAUUACCCCAUGUAUGACGAUUAUGAUAACGAAGGGUAUUGUGACUAUGAGGGUGAUGAUGAUGACCUGGGAAAAGAAGAGUAUGAUGAUUUUGCAAAGGAACUGAACCAGUACCGAAGGGCGAAGGAAGGGUCACAUAGAAGUCGAGGUAGUCGUGGCCGAGGUCGAGGUUACCGCGGACGUGGAAGAGGAGGAAUGCGAGGCCGAGGCAUGGGGAGGGGCAGCCGUGGCAGGGGGAGAGAUCACCCCGAUGACGAUGAUGAGGAAAUGUUUGACGAGGAAAUGGAGUACUGUGAAGGAGAAGAGCCCAUGGGUGAGGAAGAAUAUGAUGACUAUUCCAAAGAACUGAACCAGUAUCGCAGAAGCAAGGAAGGCCGAGGCAGAGGCAUGGGUCGUGGCCGAGGUCGUUCAAGAGGGCGAGGAGGCAAAGGAAUGGGCCGUGGAAGAGGCCACCGUGGCAGAGGCAUGGGCAAAGGAAUGAAUGAUGAUGAUGACUACUACGAUGAAGAUAUGGGGGAUGGUGGUGGGAAUUACAGGCGGAACGACCAUGAUAAAUCUCACCAAUCAGAUAAGAAAGGAAAAGUGAUCUGCAAAUAUUUUGUGGAGGGAAGAUGUACCUGGGGGGAACACUGCAAUUUCAGCCAUGAUAUUGAGCUACCAAAGAAGCGGGAAUUGUGUAAAUUCUACAUCACUGGUUACUGUGCCAGAGCUGAGAAUUGUCCUUACAUGCAUGGGGAUUUCCCUUGUAAGCUGUUCCAUACAACUGGAAAUUGCAUCAAUGGUGAUGACUGCAUGUUUUCCCAUGACCCACUUACAGAUGAGACACGAGAGCUGCUGGAUAAGAUGUUGGCAGAUGAUGCUGAAGCAGGAGCAGAAGAUGAGAAGGAAGUAGAGGAGCUCAAGAAACAAGGCAUCAACCCUUUACCCAAACCACCUCCUGGAGUAGGACUUCUGCCCACUCCUCCUCGACCCUCAGGACCACCAGCGCCAACAUCUCCCAAUGGCCGGGCAAUGCCCGGAGGCCCACCUGCUCCUCCACCCCCACCGCCACCUAUUCCGCCCCCAGGGCCACCACAGAUACCACCUCCAACCCUUGAGCCGCUUUCACCUCAGCAGCUGCAGCAACAGCAGGACAUGUUUAAGAAGAUCCCCUCACUGUUUGAGAUUGUUGUGAGACCCACAGGGCAGUUGGCGGAGAAACUGGGAGUGAGGCAUCCAGAUAUGUCUCCCUCUCGGUUUCCUUCAGACAUGCCUGCAGACAUUCUUCCAGACAUGCUUCCCGACAUGUGCCCGGACGUUUGUCCUGACAUGCCAAUGGGUCCAGGGAUGAACUCUGGCCCUCCAAUGGGCCCUGGACCCCCAGUGCCGCCUUUUGGUCCUGAGGAGAUGCCUUCUGGUCCACCUGCACCAGAUUUCUAUGACAACUUCUACCAGCAUUCAGAAGGUUUGGAGAUGGAUCCUGGCAUGAUGGGUAGUACAGGGGAAGGUUAUGGCAACUAUGAGGAAAUGCAUGAAUUGCCAGGAGAGAAUAUCUUCCCUGACCCCACCAUUGAGCCGGAUUCCUUUGGUGAAGGCGGGAGUAGCUCAAGACAGCAGAAACCUCCCACCAACAUCCCCGACUUCCUCCCAUCCACCCAGAGGGCCCUGUAUAUGCGCAUCCACCAUAAGCAACAAGAGGAGGAAGAAAGAGCUCGGCGGCAGACCGAUGGUUGCAAACAGGAACGGGACCAUGAAGAAGGUGAUACUGGCAAUUGGUAUUCCAGUGAUGAAGACGAGGGUAGCAUCAGUGUCAGCUCCAUCUUGAAGACGUUGCGGCAACAAAGUUCCAACAAGCCCCAUGAAGAUGCCUCUGGGAAUGCUGGUCCAGCCUCAGGCAGGAGUGACCCUCGACUCCAAAAGGGCCAGCAGGCGGGAAGUGGCCGGCCGGCUGACCCUCGCCUUCUGCGUGAUCCCAGGCUUUCGCGCAACCUGGAUCCCUCAGCUCCAUCUGGGGCUGGAGACGCAGGGCCCACUGACCCAAGACUGGCCCGACACAUUCCUCCCUCUGCCCCCAAACCAGACCCAUUGCAUUCCAGCCCCAGCUCUACUGUUCAGAAAUCUAUUCUGGAGGAAGAGGAAGGGGAAAGGGCCCUCAGGGACAAGCCAGUCACAAUCCCCUUGGAGCCACUGCCCAAUCAUACCCUCAGGGACCCACGCUGCCAGUUACAGCAGUUCAGCCACAUCAAGAAAGAUGUGGUCCUGAUUAUGCCCAAUUUUGCCCGCAUGGUCCUAUGGAGCCCUGAGGAUCUCAUCCCGCUGCCUGUUCCCAAACAGGACUUUGUCCCUGUCCCUGCCCCUCUCCAGUCUCUGCCUGCUCUUGACCCUCGCUUAAACCGGCCUCAGAGUGCCAGCCUCUCUGAUCCCAGGCAGCGUGGGGCGGCAGCAGCAGCGGCUCCAGUGGAGCCUUCAGCCAGCUCCAGCCUCCCAGACUUUGAGCUGCUCUCCAGGAUACUGAAGACAGUCAACGCAGCAGGGGGCAGUCCUGGCCAGAGCGACAAGCCAAGCGAUCCCCGGACACGGAAGGCCCCCUCUGACCCCAGGCUCCUCAAAGCAUCUGAGCAGGCGUUGCCAGGGUCCUCAAAGCCCUCUGAAGCCAGCGCCCCGGCAGUUGCUCCUGUUUCCGAUUCUGAAACAACACCUAGCAUCGCUCCUUAUGACCCCCGCCUACUGACUGCCGGAGGGCUCAGCAGGAGCACUGGCCAAAGCAGUGUCCUCAGUGGGAUCAGCCUCUACGACCCCCGGACUCCUGGCUCGGCAAGCAAGGCUGCUGAGUCCUCUGGAGAGGGGGGCUCAGCUGCCAAGGGACCCGAUAACAGCAGUAAAGGCAGCAAAGGGAAGGAGCCCCUGUUUAUCCGUCGGUCGGCCCUGGAUCAGUUGGAGGCGGAAUGGCCUAGUGCAGAACCUGCCACUGACCGCUACAAUAGCUACAAUCGGCCACGACCCAAGCCUGCGACAGCUUCCUCCACUGCUGGUGCCACCUCGACCACCGCAACUGCCUCAGAAGCUGCCUCACAGCCUGGUGUCCACAACCUCCCUGUUCCACCCAUCUAUGGCAUGGUGAAGCAGGCCUCCAAGUCUGGGUCGGGCAGCCCCUUUGCGGGGAACAGCCCUGCCCAAGAGGGUGCCGAGGUGCAGGACGCAGGCUCCUUAAAGGACGUUUUUAAAGGCUUUGACCCAACCGCCUCCCCGUUCUGCCAGUAGUAUUAAAAGACUUGCACAUGCAGCCUUGUGUCCAAGAGAAGCCACAGUGUUCGUAACUGUUUUUUAUUCCAUUAAUGCUCCCCUUCAAAAAUAUCCCUUGUAUAUAUAGAUUGUCUGGGUUUCGCUCAGCCCUGCAGCGUGUAACCUCUCGGCUUCAUUGUAAACAUGUAAUCAGAGUAUCGCGAGUAGUGCUAGCCAGCAAUGUGUGAUGCCCCAAGAGUUCCUCCGUGGAGUUCUUUCUUUUUUUUUUUUUGGCACUCCGCCGGAAAUCAUUCAGUGUCUUUGAAUCUUCUUUGAAAAAUUGGGCCAGCUCAUCCCAUUGGUCCCUUUAGCCUUUUCUUUGCACAGAGGGCAUGUUUGAACCCCACCUGCUUCUUCUUGCCAGGUCUUUCCUGUGAAGAUGAUGGAGAAACUGGUGAGGGGAAAAGAAAAGACUGUUUCUACCUGUAGUUCAAAGGGAUGAAGCUGUCAGCCAUACUGAUCUGUAGAAUAUAUGUAUCUUCAUUUCUUAAACUGUAACAAAAUAUGUGUAUCAUAGCCUUUUUUUAAAAAAAGAAAAAAGCAACAACAAA